CAGCUAUCUGGCUGUUGUUGGGGUCACUAGCCAGACCGCUUCCUACGGUGGACGACAGAGAGCUUAGAGCUGCCCAACACGGAAAAAAUCAGAACGAUUUUACGGACGAAGCCCAAUCGUUUCCCAAUUCCAGAAGAAGAAAAUGGACACGAAAUUCCUCAAAGACAAAAGAUUCUGGUUCGCAUCUUUUCUCGUUGUGUGGGCUGGCGCUCUACAGGCACAUAUGUCAUGGGUACAGAAGCAAGACUCUUUUAAGGAGAAAUUUGGAGAUUUGAAUCAAAAGAAAGAUGGGUGAGAUUGAGAAAACUGUUGAUUAUGAGAUGUUGCCUAAUUUUCUCUCAACCCAAUGUUUUCUUUUAUUUUAUUUUUUAAAGGAUUCUCUCAACCCUUUUUUACAAUUGAUGAAUAUUUUACCAAGACAAAUAUUGUCUCGUAUAGUUUAACUUCAGAGUUUAGAUAGCGAAAACACAUUAAUUUAGAUAUAUGAAUCAAGAUCAUUGACUAAGAAGUGAGAACA